AUGGAAGAGCAGAAAGCAUGGAGACGCAAGAUCUUCGAUACUGGCGAGUAUUCAGAUAUCGAGCUUGUGUCAAUUGACAAACUAUAUGAAGCACACCGUGUGAUCGUGUGCUCCUGGUCGCCAGUUAUAAAAAAGUCUUGUGAAUUCAACGCCGGCAAGGCUUUAUUCAACUUUGGAGAUGCUGAUCCCCAGGCAGUAGAUUGCAUGGUGCAGUUCUUCUAUCUAUGGGACUAUAAUCCCAGGUCUCUUAUGUCUAAACAUACAGUCGGCCACGAUGGGCCACAGGAGGACAAAACUGACAUUUCACCGGACGCAGAUGAUGAAACCAACCCUGAUGAUGCGCUAUUGAUCCUUCACUCUAAGGUAUUUACGCUUGCCCAUAUAUACGACAUACCCCGCCUCAGAGACUUGUCUAUAGAGAAAUUCCGGGCAGUAGCUCGGUUGCAAUGGAGAUCUAAUUGUCUGUUGGAUGCGGCACGGGAAGCUUAUACUGCUACCCCAUCUACCGUCUUGGACAUGCGUGGAGCUAUCGUGAAGACGUUCUAUGAGCACAGGGAGUUGCUGGGUGAGGACCACGUCAAGGAUUUUCUGCGGGAAGUGCAUGAACUUACUUUCGAUAUCUUGAUGUACAUGGAAACGCCUCCGUCCCCUCCUAACCCUAGGUCAUUCCAUGGAUUGGGCAGAAGCUUUCGGUAG